AUGCUUAAAUACCAAGUCAGGGCCAGCAGUAGACCGUCGGUGUACGGUAGCCCGUCGUCGUCCACCCAUGACACGACGCUGACCAGUCGAAGCAACUCUUUGGCAUCGUUGAACUCCGUGGACAGUGCGAACUCCGACGGCGACUGGGGAACUCUUCGGGUUCAUACGAGUAAUGUGAAGGCAUGUACUGACUAUAAAACGAUUCGUCUUUCCACUCACUGCACAACUCGUUCCGUCAUCGAUACCGUGACGACCAAGGCCGAUGGGAAACCAGUGCGAACAAUCCUCAGACUGGAUCACGAUGCCAGGCCACUCGAACUGCAAAGAUGCCAUCCAGCGAAUAUGUCACGAUUUAUUCUACACAUGAUGUCUGAAGGUACUCUGGUCCGGGUUCACGAUCACAACAUCUCCCCACAGGUACCGUCUUUUUUUCACCAUCUAAGAAACUUUGUGCUGAACUCUUCCAAGUGA